GGGGCUCGGGGUCCGGGGACUGCGGUAUUUGCCGGGGAGGGGGGCUGCCGCCUCCCCGGCCUCCACACACACCCCCGCCCCACCGGGCGCAGCUCGGACCCGCGAGCCGGGCGGCGAGACCUGAGGAGGCUGCGGCUCCGAGGCCGCGGAGCCGGGAGCGCCGGGGGCGGAGAGAGAGGCGGCCGGGGCGGCGCUGGCGGCGGAGGCCGCGGCGGGGGCGCAGCGGCGGCGGCGGCGGCGGGAAGCCGGCGGCAGAGACUCACCGGAGGGAACGGCGCGAGCGCCCCGCCAUCGUCCCGUGUUGUAGUUUUGCUGCUGGACUCUUCCCUCCCUCCCCCCACCCCAUCAGGAUGAUAUGAGACUUGAAAGAAGACGAUGCAUACAGGAGGAGAGACUUCAGCAUGCAAACCUUCAUCUGUUCGGCUUGCACCGUCAUUUUCAUUCCAUGCUGCUGGCCUUCAGAUGGCUGGACAGAUGCCCCAUUCACAUCAGUACAGUGACCGUCGCCAGCCAAACAUAAGUGACCAACAGGUUUCUGCCUUAUCUUAUUCUGACCAGAUUCAGCAACCUCUAACUAACCAGGUGAUGCCUGAUAUUGUCAUGUUACAGAGGCGGAUGCCCCAAACCUUCCGUGAUCCAGCUACUGCUCCCCUGAGAAAACUUUCUGUUGACUUGAUCAAAACAUAUAAGCAUAUUAAUGAGGUUUACUAUGCAAAAAAGAAGCGGAGACACCAACAGGGCCAGGGAGACGAUUCUAGUCAUAAGAAGGAACGGAAGGUUUACAACGAUGGUUAUGAUGAUGAUAACUAUGAUUAUAUUGUAAAAAACGGAGAAAAGUGGAUGGAUCGUUACGAAAUUGACUCCUUAAUAGGCAAAGGUUCCUUUGGACAGGUUGUAAAGGCAUAUGAUCGUGUGGAACAGGAAUGGGUUGCCAUUAAAAUAAUAAAGAACAAGAAGGCUUUUCUGAAUCAAGCCCAGAUAGAAGUGCGACUUCUUGAGCUCAUGAACAAACAUGACACUGAAAUGAAAUACUAUAUAGUGCAUUUAAAACGCCACUUUAUGUUUCGAAACCAUCUCUGUUUAGUUUUUGAAAUGCUGUCCUACAACCUCUACGACUUGCUGAGGAACACCAAUUUUCGAGGUGUCUCCUUGAACCUAACACGAAAGUUUGCACAACAGAUGUGCACUGCACUGCUUUUCCUUGCGACUCCAGAACUUAGUAUCAUUCACUGUGACCUAAAACCUGAGAAUAUCCUUCUUUGUAACCCUAAACGCAGUGCAAUCAAGAUUGUUGACUUUGGCAGUUCUUGUCAGUUGGGGCAGAGGAUAUACCAGUAUAUUCAGAGUCGCUUUUAUCGGUCUCCAGAGGUGCUACUGGGAAUGCCUUACGACCUUGCUAUUGACAUGUGGUCCCUUGGGUGUAUUUUGGUUGAAAUGCACACUGGAGAGCCUCUGUUCAGUGGAGCCAAUGAGGUAGAUCAGAUGAAUAAAAUAGUGGAAGUUCUGGGUAUUCCGCCAGCUCAUAUUCUUGACCAAGCACCAAAAGCAAGAAAGUUCUUUGAGAAGUUGCCAGAUGGCACUUGGAACUUAAAGAAGACCAAAGACGGAAAACGGGAGUACAAACCACCAGGAACCCGUAAACUGCAUAAUAUUCUCGGAGUAGAAACAGGAGGGCCUGGUGGGCGGCGUGCUGGGGAGUCGGGCCAUACAGUAGCUGACUACUUGAAGUUCAAAGACCUCAUUUUAAGGAUGCUUGACUAUGACCCCAAAUCUCGAAUUCAACCUUACUAUGCCCUGCAGCACAGUUUUUUCAAGAAAACAGCUGAUGAAGGUACAAACACGAGUAAUAGUGUAUCCACGAGUCCUGCUAUGGAGCAGUCACAGUCUUCAGGCACCACCUCCAGUACAUCUUCAAGCUCAGGUGGAUCGUCGGGGACGAGCAACAGUGGGAGAGCCAGGUCGGACCCAACGCACCAACAUCGGCACAGCGGCGGGCACUUCACGGCCGCCGUCCAGGCCAUGGACUGUGAGACCCACAGUCCGCAGGUGCGUCAGCAGUUUCCUGCUCCCCUUGGUUGGUCAGGCACUGAAGCUCCUACACAAGUCACUGUUGAAACUCAUCCUGUUCAAGAAACCACCUUUCAUGUAGCCCCUCAACAGAAUGCAUUGCAUCACCACCACGGAAACAGUUCCCAUCACCACCACCACCACCACCACCACCACCACCACCACGGACAGCAAGCCUUGGGCAACCGGACCAGGCCAAGGGUCUACAAUUCUCCAACAAAUAGCUCCUCUACCCAGGAUUCUAUGGAGGUUGGCCAUAGUCACCACUCCAUGACAUCCCUGUCUUCCUCAACUACUUCUUCCUCUACAUCUUCCUCCUCUACUGGUAAUCAAGGCAAUCAGGCCUACCAGAAUCGCCCAGUGGCUGCUAAUACCUUGGACUUUGGACAGAACGGAGCUAUGGACGUUAAUUUAACCGUCUACUCCAAUCCCCGCCAAGAGACUGGCAUAGCUGGACAUCCGACAUACCAAUUUUCUGCUAACACAGGUCCUGCACAUUACAUGACCGAAGGACACCUGACAAUGCGGCAAGGGGCUGAUAGGGAAGAGUCCCCCAUGACGGGGGUGUGUGUGCAGCAGAGUCCUGUGGCUAGCUCGUGACUACAUUGAAACUUGAGUUUGUUUCUUGUGUGUUUUUAUAGAAGUGGUGUUUUUUUCCAAAAAAAACAAAGUGCAAAGCUGCUUGAAUCAGAAGGAGAUUAACACACUGAACUGCUACAGGAGGGCAAAGCUGACUUUUUUUUUUUUAACUUGAAAAGAUUGCAAAGGGACAAUGAAGUUUUUAAAAGAGCCAUGUCCAAACCCAUCUUCUCGGAUAGCUCAGAGGCGUCCUCUUUUUGCCGCCCCCCAUUUUAACUUGCCACAUCCCGGUCACGUAGUGGGGUUUUUUGUCUUUCUAUUCCACAAAAGUUAUUGUUCAGAUGUUGGUCUUGCUCAUUUGCCAACUAAUUUUAAAAUAAAAAGGCACUGCACAUCAUUUGCAUACAGGGCCCCAUGAGGGUGUUUUUCUCUCCCUUUUUGUUUUUCCUUUUUUUUUCCCCCCUGCCUCCCGUUUUUGUUUUGUUUUUGUUCUGUUUGGGGUGGGGGGUGGGAAAUUGGGGUUUUUAAGUCCUCUAAACACACUUGGGCACGGAAACGCAGUACUGUAAGAAGAGGGACCUCCAGCUCACACAGUCAUCACCCUCAGCUGUAUGGAAGGGACAGUUGUAUCGGCGUGGGGAAGGCACAGGACGCAUGCUGAGUGGCGGGAUCAGAGCCCUCCUGUCUGAACCUCCUGAGGAGCAGAGCAGCACUGACCUGGGAUCCUGGGGGUCUCCCGUUGCUGAGGCCGCAGAGAGAGAGGAACGGAACGUGACUGGUCUCCCGUCCAAGGUGCACUGAGAAGCAAUCAACGGGUCAGUCGUGGCCAGUCCUGAGGAGGUCUGAGUGGUGGUCUUUGGGAAAACCUUUGGCCUUAUGGAUUUGGACUCGAAACUAGAAGAGCCUACCAUUUCAGAUGCAAUCACUUUGGGACAUGCUUUUGCAGACAGUCCUUAACGCUGAAAACACAGAGAAUGGGUAAACAAGAGGCCUUUCUUUUAAAACAGACUUUGGUGACCCACUAAUUGUAAGGUAUUGCAAGGUCACUUUGCGUGUGUCAUAAAGUUGACUUCCUUAUUGGUUGAAGGUCACAGAAGUAGUGGUUUGCUUUGAUGGAAAUAGCUACAGCUGUGUCCCUUCCUGCUUUUUACUUUUUCUUUUGCUUUUUCUCGGCACGUGGUAUCUCCACCAUUUCUUCUGCACAAAGAUGUCUUCUGUUCAUCCUGAACAUUUUUUAAAAAAAAAUGCAGAAUUUUAUGUGACUGCUUUUUUGCCUCACAAUUAUGCUGUGAAUUUUACAAAAAUUUAUUUUCUUUUUUGAUAAUUUAUUGUACCAAAGCUGUUUUUAUAGCACAUAGAUGUCUGUAACCAAUAAUGUAGCAGUUCUGCACUUUGACACAAGGUGUAACUAGACCAUUUUUAAAUGUCAGUUGAAAAUUAUGGCUGUACUAUUGCUUAAACAAAACUGGAACUGUUGCUGAAUCCAUAGCCAAUACAUUUACAGCAAUCUGUGUACUGAACAUGAUAGACUGACACCUAACUCAAGAUUACAACAGCUGUUACAUCCUCAGUGUGUUCAGGCUUCUGAAGGUAAAGGGACACUGGAUCCAGAAGCUAUGGAACUAGCAGUUGAUUCUUGUAUUCCUGAUUAACCUACUUGUAAACUUGAAAGCAAGACCUCGAUUGCACCAACAGGUCCAAAACAUGAGCACGAGUAAAGCAGAACUCGCACGCGUGACCUGAGAUGAGCAGGCUGGUGUUUUAACAGGUGCCUAGUUUUGAGAUUAUGCUGCCUUAAUGUAACACAGUCUGGCAGUUGCUAAAUUUGUGUUCCCAUUUUAAAUUGACCAAUUUUACGGUGUUAUACUUUUGAGCGGUUGAAUUGGGAGAAUGAAGAUAAGAAAUUUACCUGUCCAGGAUCAAAGAAGCCUAGAAAAGAAGCAGUAAUCUACCUCUGCCGAUAACCCUGUUCAAAACAACUCAGCAGAAACACCACGUUACUUUUUAUUGGUCAAUUCCAUGUGGCUGACUAGGUCAAUUUUUUUCUGAACAAAAGCAGGUUUUUAUAUGUAAAACAGUGACAAAAGACAAAAAGGUUUAAAACUAUGUGAAUGUGAAUGGAAACUUGGGAAUAUCCGUUUUUAUAAAACCACACAAAAAUUUUUUUUUGUUGUUAAUCAGGAAAUCCAUAUUUAUUUUGUAAUUAAAUGUCAAGCCUGUGGAUGAUUUUUGAACUUGGUAGUUCAUGAAGGUUUACAGUGAAUAAAAGGAUGUCAUCUUGAGUCUAGCAAUAUCAAAAGGAAUCAGUAGUUACUGCUGUUUAGGAAUAUGAGGUGAAGACAUACGUGGGUCAGGUCAUUUUUUUUCUGUGCUGGUUGCCACAUCUUAGCAAGCACCAAAAAAAAAAGCAGUUUUUAAACCGCUAUUUACAUACAGGAAGUCAUCAGAGCCGACGCUUCUGCAUACUGUGUUAUGUUGCAGUCCAGUUUUGUGUGCUUUACUACACGGUUUGGUUACAGGGCUUCUGUGCAUUGUAAACAUAAACAGCAUGGAAAAGGUUAAAUACCUGUGUGCAGAUUGUAAGAUCUGGUCCGGACUUGCUGUGUAUAUUGUAACGUUAAAUGAAAAAGAACCCCCCUUUGUAUUAUAGUCAUGCGGUCUUAUGUAUGAUAAACAGUUGAAUAAUUUGUCCUCAGA